CAUCCGAAUUAAAAAUGGAGAAAAACCCUAGGACAUUUUCCCCAAACUCAUAUAUAAUCGAAAUCGCACUCAAAACCCUAAUUUCCCGAUCGGCCUCUCACCUCCACACUCACAGACGCUCCAACAAUGGUGAAAUUCUUGAAGGCAAACAAGGCGGUCGUCCUCCUCCAAGGGCGGUACGCCGGCCAGAAGGCUACCAUCGUGAAGAACUUCGACGAUGGAACUCGCGAUCGCCCCUACGGUCACUGCCUCGUCGCCGGCAUCGCCAAGUACCCGAGCAAGGUCAUCCGCAAGGAUUCGGCCAAGAAGCAGGCGAAGAAGUCGCGCGUGAAGGCGUUUAUGAAGCUGGUGAAUUACAAUCACAUCAUGCCCACGCGCUACACGCUCGACGUGGAUCUCAAGGACGUCGUCUCCGUGGACGCGCUCGUCUCACGAGACAAGAAGGUGUCCGCCUGCAAGGAGGUCAAGAGCAGGUUCGAGGAGAGGUUCAAGACCGGGAAGAACCGUUGGUUUUUCUCGAAACUCAGGUUUUGAAGCGGUCAUACAGCCUUUCGUUUCCAAUUUUUUACGGUUUUUAUGUAGUUUUGAUUAAUGAAGUUGUUUGUUUAUGACACUGAAAUUUUCAUAUGACUAUGAUUUGAAUUUUAUAUGGAAUCUCAAGUUUACAUA